UAUAUGGUCUAUUUAUUACACACAGAUUAAUGCACGUGCGCACACCGUGAUCAUUAUAUGUACUGAAGUAGAUAAGAAUUGUAUGAUUGCGAAGAGCAUGUCACAACAUUAAUUUCAAGUUUUCCAGAAUUGUUAAUGAUGUCCUCAGAUGAAGCUAAAUACGAUAAGGAACAUCCACGAAUUUUGAUUCCUGAACUAUGUAAACAAUUUUAUAAUCUAGGAUGGGUAACUGGUACUGGUGGAGGAAUAUCCAUCAAACGGGGAGACAAAAUUUAUAUUGCUCCUUCCGGUGUUCAAAAAGAACGUAUCUGUCCAGAUGAAAUGUUUGUACAAGAUAUUAGUGGAAAUGAUUUAGAAUUACCACCAAAAGAAAAAAAAUUAAAGAAAUCUCAAUGCACUCCAUUAUUUAUAUGUGCAUAUACAAGGAGAAAUGCUGGAGCUGUAAUUCACACUCAUUCAAAAUUUGCUGUAAUGGUAACAUUACACUGGCCUGGAAAAGAAUUUCGUGUUACUCAUCUUGAAAUGAUAAAAGGAAUAAGGAAUCAAAAAUUGGGAAAGGCAUAUCGUUAUGAUGAAGAAUUAGUAGUGCCAAUAAUAGAAAAUACUCCAUUUGAAGAAGAUUUAAAAGAUGAAUUAGAUAAAACUAUUCUUGCCUACCCCGAAACUUGUGCCGUUUUAGUAAGAAGACAUGGUGUAUAUGUUUGGGGAGAUACAUGGCAGCAAGCAAAAACUAUGACGGAAUGUUAUGAUUAUCUAUUUGACAUAGCUCUCCAAAUGAAACUAAGUGGAUUGGAUCCAGCUGCAAUUCCAAAAAAGUUAUGAAGAGUUAUAAAUUAAUAACAAUAUCUUCGUUUAUUAUUUUUAAAUAAUAAAUUACCUUUUCUAUAUAUUUUACAAAAAACCAUAUGUUACAAUAUAAUCUUUGUACAUCUUUAAGUAUCUAAAUCAAAUGGUUGAAAAUCUUUUCUAA